GCCUCCGCCGCCCGCGCCGCCCACGCCCGCUCCACCGCCACCGUCACCGCCGGGUCCAAUACCGCCGCCACCGUCGCCACCGGGUUCGCAGCAAGAACCAGGCCGAUGCGUGAAGCUGCCCUCAGGACAGAAGUGUAGUGCAGCACAAGCAAUUGGGGACGCAGGGGCCUGCAGGCGGUGCGCUUCGCAGCUCGGAAUUCGAGGCUUCCAAGGUUCGGGCUGCUGGAACGACGAUCUGGCAGGGUGUGAGGCGGUCCACGGGGGGGCGGGGUUCAACACUUGCGGCCACCCAACCAUCCACUCCAUCGACCUCCACUAUGGCGAUCAGCGCAUGGCGCUCGCCAUCUGCAUGACAGGGGCGCCAUCGGCGGCCCCGCCAGCUGUGAUGGUACCGCCUGUGCCGACCACCGGCCCAUGCCACGAGUGCGACUGCAGCUACCACAAAGACGGCAUCUACGCUCGAUGCGUCCUCCGCUCGAAACGCGACUGCGUCCGCUUCUGCGUGUACUGCGACGCGAGGGCCAACUUUGUCGCCUACGACGCAGGGAUGGCUCUCGUCCACCACGAGGACGGAAGGAGCAGCUGGCAGCGAUCCUCCUCGUCCAGCCUCUGUGGUGGCCCAGAGUCUCCUGACGCACCGCCUGGCCCACCUGGCCCGCCUUCUUCGCCUGCGUCCCCACCUGCACCGCCGCAAGCCCCGCCACCACCGGCGGCGCCGCCACUACCCGAGUGCAGGCUCCACGACGGGAACCGAGCUUGCUACAUCGGGCAAGAGCAGUGCCGGGAGUGCGCCAGAAGCCUCGGCUACCAGUUCACAUACGCCUCCGGACCAGAGGGCUGGAAGGACGACUUGGGGGGAUGCGAGUUUUUCGCCAGUCGAGAGAACACGGUGCAGUACAACCACAGGGGGAACGCCAAUGUUCAGGCCAUUCGAAGCCAGUACCGCGAGCAGAAGACGGCGCGGGCGAUUUGCGUCUACAUUCCGCGUCCGCCGCCCGCACCGAGUAGGCCGCCCCACGCGCCUUUCACUCUCGUCCAAUCGGAGCUGAGGCACUUUUCUGACGAGAUCGAGAGCAUGCGCUCCACCAUUGCUGAAACCGCCGGGAUGCAGAUGAGGAUCGCGCUGAAAGAGCAGGAGGCGGCGGAGGCGGAGGCACGGGCAUCGGAGGCAAACGCUCAGGCGGCAGCUUUGAAGAUGAGGCUCGCAAGGAUGCAGAUGGAGGGGGGCCGGCCGCAAAGUGAGGACCCGCCUGUUAAUCCGCCUCCCACCGAAGAAGUCGCUGUCGGAUCGCCGGGUAUCCCUCUGGGCUGCCUCCGCUGGUUUGACGGCUGCAACACGUGCGGAGUCACGCCAGAAGGCGCAAUCGGGAGCUGUACAAAGAUGGCAUGCAUUGAAAUGGGUAAACCUUACUGCUUGGGGUUUCGAGCGGUAACUACCGGGUGAAGACGGCGAGGGCGAUUGACGUGAUGUCAGUGGCCCACGGGGACCACGAUAGCAGCACCCUCAUCGCAGGCCCGUUAUCUCGUCGCUCAUGAUCGCUGAUGGCGGGGACACUCUGAAGCGCGUGCCGUGUUCUCGCAAUUCCGGUCGCUACAUCAUGCAGCAGGAUGCGACGCGGAAAGUGGUGCGUGAAGCCCCGCGGGGCCAAAGCUCAACGCAUUGGCAGCAAGGAGGGCGAUCAUCCGGGUUGGGCGGUGGGGGCAAAGGCGGCGCUCGCGACAGCCUCACGAAGUUAUGCGUCCCGAGAUCGCCGUCUCGCCUAUGUAAGUAAACGCCUAUGCGCUGUACAUUGUGGGCCGGUCAGUGAAGCCUGUGAAGGUUGAGGUCGAGUUUGCACCUUUGCUGUGUCCACCUGUGGAACUUGUGGAAGGGAUUGGCGUAAGCCCGCGUUUCAAAA